AUGAAUGAUGAUGAUAUUCCUCAAGUUCUCAUGCCUGAUUAUGAAGAAAAAAUAAAAAAUAUUCUGUUAAAUACGGAACUUAAUAUUCAUGGAUAUGGUUAUAAACAACUUAUUGAAGGUUCAAUUCGAGAUAAUAGCUUCACUAUGUCACGUUAUCGUCGGUUUGAAACAAAAACACAAACAUGGAUAAAACAAAAUUAUCCUACAUAUCGUAAUCAAUCUCGUUUAAUAAAUGUUCUUUUACUUAAUGAAGAUCUAUGGCAAGCAAGUGAAAACAAAUUAUUACAAUUUUUAUCUAAUGAUACCAAUAAUAAUAAUAAAGAAUAUUAUACGUUUUAUCAUGGUUGUCUUGAGUAUGCGGCUCAUUCUAUAUGUCUUAAUGAUCUUGGACUACAUUGGAAUUAUCCCAAAGGUACUGAUUUUGGUCCUGGUGUUUAUGUUACACGUAAUCUUUUUGAUGCAUUGUGUGUUGCUAAAAGAAGAAGUUUAUAUCAACCAUCUAGUUCCAAAUUUGAUGAAGAACAAAAUCGACCAGCUUGUAUCAUAUUUCAAUGUCCAAAAGAAGAAUUUGAUACUUUUUCAAUACUUAAACUUGAAGUCAAUAAUCUUGAUCUAAGUGCUGAUCGACAACCGUUAAUUAGUCAGGAUAUAGAAGAAAAUGAAAUUUUCAAAUGGGACAAAUUUGUACAUUUAUGUCAUGAUCAACGUUAUCCUCUACCAUUAGUUAAAUCUUAUGAUGGAAUUGAAGGACAUAUUUGUAACAAUAUUCGUCAAGUACAAGCUGGUAUUCAUGGACCAAAAUCUCAAUUAAAUAGUUGGCAAUUAUGUGUACAAAGUGUACGAUUUGCUGAAAAAUUUACAUCUUGGAUAAGUGGUAUUAUCCUUCUUCAACUACCAAGCUAA